UCUCUCUCUCUCUCCGGCACAGACUGUUCUAAUGUUAGUCCUACUAACUGAUGUGACCCACGCUCAUACACACACUGGGCAUUGCAAGCUGUGAGGAACAACUGUACGUUCCUCUUGUUUCUUUCAUUUUCUGUUGAUUUGCUCACUCUGUCUUGAUAGGAGCAAUUAUGAGGACCUAUAGAUGAUGAGCACUACAGAAAGGAGAUUUCCAGGUGGAUUCAUCAUGGCAUUCAUUUGGUGUAGACUAGUGGAUGCUCCUGUUUGCUGAGGGACUGUUACAAGAGCAUUUGACCAGGAUGAACAUUAUAAUUUCCUCGAGUUUGAUGACCCUUCUGAGCCUGUGUGGAACAUCAGCAAGUUGUCCAUCGGUCUGUUCCUGCAAUGUGAACCAAACAGACUGCAGUGACCUUAACCGACUGGCUUCCUUGAACUCCAUCCUGGACCAGCUUCCCUUCAACACAAGCUACCUCAACCUCUCAAAAAACAACUUCACCAUUGUGGAAGCAGGGAGCUUUUCCAAUCUCAGCAUCCUGAUAUAUCUAGACCUCUCCAGAAACCUUCUCUCUACAGUUUCUCCUUCUAGCUUCUCCCAGAUGAACAACCUGGAGUUCCUAGAUCUCUCUGAAAACGUCCUUGUGAGGCUCCCCGUCAAUCUGUUCUCUGAUCUCGGCAGCCUAACAGAGCUGAUUCUAAGAGACAACAGGUUAAAGGAACUGAACCCAGACCAGUUCAAAGGCCUGACUGAGCUUAGGCGCCUGGAUCUUUCCUUAAACAGUCUCAUCUCCAUGCCCACACACCUACUGGAUGGGCUCCAGAACCUAGUGUGGCUCUCGCUAGUGGGCAACAAGCUGAGAACCCUGCAGCGGACCACACUUGAGCCAGCGACUGCUCUACAGCACCUUCUGCUCGACGGAAACCCCUGGAAUUGCAACUGCAACUUAAUCCCACUCAAGCACUGGCUGGAAUGGAUCAUGUAUACAGGUGGCCAUGUAGAUUCCGCCAACUGCUCCUUUCCUUCUAAUUUGCAUGGUAAGGAUCUUCGCAGUCUCCCUAUGGAGAUGUUCAGACACUGUUACCCCCUCUAUCUCGAGACCAGGAACCCAUCUGCUGCCGAGGGUCACCAGGUCCCAGCCGGGCCAGCAGGAGACUGCAUCCGCCAGCGCUACCGCCCUGUGAGUGUGAGGCGGGCGACGGCCACAGUGGUGGUAGCUGGGGUGGUGUGCGGAGUGGUGUGUGUGCUGAUGGUGGUAACGGCCACCUACGGCUGCAUCUACGCGACGCUGGUCGCAAAUGAACAUCAGCAGCUGACGCAUGGGAACAGCCAGCAGCAACAGCCACUGAUGGUGGCCAAGGAACCAGAGCAGGAUGAAAAAGAGGACCUGAUGCCGACUAUCGGAAAGGGAGCAGAAGCCACAGAGUGCGUAGGGUGGAUGGCAUUCCCUCCAGAAGUGUGUGUUUAAAGCACAUAAGGAACUCAUAAGGGGUUUUUAUUGGUGCUUUUUUUAAUCAUUGAUGUACAUAGAUUUAUAAAUGUUUAGUUUGGGAGGGAGAGGGCAAAUUACCCAAUGUAGCUCAGGAGCAAUUAUAGCUCAUACUAAUUAAAGACACAAUAUAUAUAAAACUAAUGAUUACACCUGGUAUUAAGAUGCGUUUUGGUUGAUCAGA